CUUCCUUCUCCUUCUUUCUUCCAUUUCCAACUCCUUUCUUCCCUCUCUGCGAUUCAGUCGCGCGCAGACGCAGCUUGUCCUCCUCUUCUGCAAAAAUCUCCAGAACCCUAGGAGCUCCCGACAAUCCCUUUCUCUCCCUUACUGGAAUGAAAUUCCAACUUCUCGCUCCGUCUCUUCCCAGAUUUCCGUGAGGGGGACUUAGGGUUUCUUCACAGUUGCGCAAGGUUUUCGAAUACAUUAGUCCGCGCCUUCAGAUUGAAAAAUUCGCCCGCUGCCUCGUUGGAUCUGCGCCAUGGACUCGCGAGAUUCGGCAUCUCAAUCCUCCUCCUCCCCUGCGGCGGCCGCACCGGCGACCGGCACUUCCACGUCAUCCAACGGGGAGGACGACGCAGUUCUCUCCUUGACCGCUGCUCUCGCUAAGGACGCCGCAUUGCACUUCACGUCCCGCCGCUUCUCCGACUGCCUCGAUGUUAUGCAUCAGCUCAAGCUGAAGAAAGAAGGCGAUCCUAAAGUACUUCACAAUAUUGCUAUAGCAGAAUAUUUUCGAGAUGGUUGUUCGAAUCCUAAGAAGUUGCUUGAUGUGCUCAACUCCGUCAAGAAGAAAAGCGAGGACCUUGCAAAUGCUUCGGGAGAAGCUGUGGAAGUUGGUAGCAACAAAGUCGCACCUGGUUCUAAAGGAAGUGGUACGAUGACACAUCAGUCGUCUGGUGGAAAUAGUGGAACACUUGUUUACAUGGAUGAAUUUGACCCAGCUGUGGCAACUCUAAACAUUGCAAUUAUCUGGUAUCAUCUUCAUGAGUAUACGAAAGCCCUAUCAGUGUUAGAGCCUCUGUAUCACAAUAUUGAGCCAAUAGACGAGACGACAGCUCUUCAUGUUUGCUUGUUAUUGCUGGAUGUCGCACUUGCUUGUCAAGAUGCAUCCAAAUCUGCUGAUGUGCUACUUUACUUAGAGAAAGCGUUCGGUGUCAAUACUGUGAAUCAUGGUGAUAACGGUAAUGCACAACUGCAACACUCAACGAAUCUAGUUGCAAAAUCUUCCUCUAUUCCAACCAGUUCAUCAGCAGUCGAUGCAUCUAAUUCUGAUUUAGGGGCUAGCGGGAAUUCCUUAGAAAGUUCGUUAUCAAGGUCACUAUCAUUAUCAGAGGAGUCGCUGGAGUAUGAAUCUAUGUUUUCUCUCGACAUAAGUUCUCAGGGCUUGGGGAAGCCACCAGGCUUUUCAUCGUCUACUGAUCUUUCAAGGACCUCAGGGGAUAGGUCUAUGUCUACCAUCGAUUUGAAGCUUAAGUUGCAACUAUACAAGGUUCAGUUUCUUCUUCUGACCAGGAACUUGAAACAUGCUAAGCGUGAAGUGAAGCUGGCUAUGAACAUUGCACGAGGGAGAGACUCAUCAACAGCCUUACUCUUGAAGUCUCAGCUUGAAUAUGCCCGUGGCAACCACCGAAAAGCUAUCAAGCUUUUGAUGGCAUCGAGUAAUAGAACAGAAAUGGGAAUUUCAAACAUGUUCAACAACUUAGGUUGCAUUUACUAUCAGCUUGGGAAAUACCACACCUCAUCAGUCCUCUUCUCAAAAGCACUGAGCAGCUGUUCAUCUCUUCGGAAGGACAAGCCUCUAAAGCUGUUAACUCUGUCACAGGAUAAGUCUCUCCCCAUAUUGUACAAUUGUGGCGUGCAGCACUUGGCAUGUGGGAAACCUUUCCUGGCUGCUCGGUGUUUUCAGAAGGCUAGUUUAAUAUUCUACAACAGGCCUCUUCUUUGGCUCCGUCUUGCUGAAUGCUGUAUCAUGGCUUUAGAAAAGGGAGUAAUUAGAGGUUGCAGUGGUGCCUCUUCUGGCAAAUCAGACAUCAUGGUACAUGUUGUGGGUAAGGGCAAAUGGAGGUAUCUUGCUGUGGACGAUGGGAAAACAAGAAAUGAAUUUGCUGAAAAAGAGGUUCUGUCAAUGGGCGAUGGUCAACCUAAGCUUUCGAUGUCCUUUGCUCGGCAGUGCCUAUUCAAUGCUUUGCAUUUGUUAGACUACUCCGAACUAAACCAUCUGAAGUAUGGGUUACCGUCAUCUUUCUCCUUGGAGGAAAAUGAAUCCGACGGCACUCUUAAGAGCCCAAAUCACAAGAACUUGACAGGUAUUGAUGCCAAAGCCUCGGCUGGUAACAUGGGUCUGAUUAAUGCAAAUGGUGAUGCGAAAGAGCAAAAAGGAGGAACACCAAGCCAGGAGGUUAUGCAGAACUCGAUAUCUUACUACGAAGUUGUCCAUCGGAGAGAAAACCAGAUGAUUAAGCAAGCUCUUCUUGCAAACCUUGCAUAUGUUGAGCUGGAACUUGAAAACCCGACCAAGGCUUUGUUGAGUGCAAUGUCUCUCUUGGAAUUACCGGAGUGUUCGAAGAUUUUCGUCUUUCUUGGACACUUGUAUGCAGCAGAAUCACUCUGCUUACUGAACAGGCCAAAAGAAGCAGCCGAGCAUUUGUCGAUUUAUCUCUCUGGUGGAAACGAUGUUGAGUUGCCCUUCAAGCAAGAGGAUUUUGAGCAGUUGCUAGUGGAGAAAAGUUUGGAUUCCGAGGAGUCAAAUGGAGCAGCAGCACAGAACAAGUCUUCUAACUCUGUAGAGGAAUCACAAAGCAUUGCAUUCCUGAAGCCAGCCGAGGCACGUGGAACCCUCUAUGCAAAUUUCGCCGCCAUGUACGCCAUGCAAGGAGAGCUCGAACGAGCCUACCAUUUCGUGACACAAGCAUUGACCCUCGUCCCAGGAAACCCGGAAGCCACGUUGACGGCAGUGUACCUGGACCUGUUGCUCUGUAAGUCUGAAUCGGCCAUUACCAGGUUAAAGCAAUGCAGCCGGGUAAGGUUCGUUUCAGGCAAUGUAGUAUUGAAUAAAUCUUGAUAUUUGGUGGGUCGGUACAUUGGGUUUGUAUCAGUUUGAGUCCAGCUGGGAUGGGUUCGUUUCACUCAGCAUUCUUGUCUCCCGGUUCGCUCCGUUCAGUGGUUAGCUUAGCAAAGGUAGAUCAGCAAAUUCCUGGUGUAGGGUUUUGUAACAUAUAUAUAGCUGACUUCAGAGAGAAUAAAAUUUUGGGUUUUGGUUAUUUUUUCGUCGGUUUUCGUUCCCAAAUUUAGGAGUCGGGGGUAGUUUGGGAGGAGGGUUUGAAUUGAUCGGUGCUGGCCUGAGGAUUGAUUGUUUGGGGGGUAUCAACAGGCGAGAAGAAGAGCCAGCACCAUUUGAAGAUUUGUAAUGUUAUGCUUCUUGUUGAGAUUGCCAGGAAGUAUUCAGCAGGAGGAAGAGUGUGUGUGAGGGAGAUGGAGGGAUGGAGAGAGACAGAAGGAAAAUGGACUAUUCAACAGUUUUCUUUCACAUCUCAAAACUGUUAUUUCAAUGUGUAUUUGAGGUCCAUUUUUGGGGUAUUCAUCAGUUACUUACUCCCUCCUCUUCCAUCUUCUACUCCUUGCUCUGCUUGCCUCUCAUGCAGGUCUGAAUUGCACAGGCAAAUUUUGUAGUGUUUUGUUGCUUAUUACUUGGUUUCU